UACGUUAUCAUUUUUUUUCAAUCAUGAGGACCUUGAUAUUGAUUAUAUUCUUUAAAUGGCUUACUGCUCAGCCAUCACCCUCAAUUAGUGUUACCUGUGAGGAAUCAGAAGAUGGGAUACCACCGGAAUGGACAGAGAUUCCUCAGGCCAGUCCUUCUCGUCUGCGUGCACUCAAAGUGAAUGUUCUGCCUGAAGACAUGGGGGCUAUUUGGCUGAACAUAAGUUGGGCCAUCAACAUCGACAAAAGCUUUCACAAUCUCAAAGGAACUUGGAUCGAUAUAGGGGGUGAUACAUACCGCUGUCGGUAUGAACCACCUUUGGGAGAAGUUGACCUCAGUGGUCUCGAACAGCUGUGGUUCUAUUACCUUGCACCUGCAAAGCCAGGGCUCCAUCAGAUCAUCACUGCUUUCAAUCUUCCGAGUCCGCCAAUUGGUCAAUAUUCAGAGUUUACGACAUAUAAUGUACCGAACCCUGAGUUGAGUAGGCCUACUUCAAUCCCCACUGUGAUACCCAACUCUGUUACCACCCGUAAUGAUGAUGAGGGGAAACCAGCAAGCCUUCUAAUAGUCUAUCUUGGAUGCCUAACUGGGCUCGUGGCACUGGUGGCCUGCUCUCUCAUUCUGUAUCAAAUUUAUGGAAUGCACUCAAACUCCCACUUCACUGAGCUGCUGAAGGCCCCUGAGGUCCCUGUGUCAGUGCUGGUGGUGUACCCUGCAGAAAACCCUGUCUUCCAGAGAGCUGUGCUAGCUUUUGCUGAGUUCCUCCAGUGGCAUGGUGGCUGCCAGGUGGCUAUCGACAUGUGGCAGCGUGGCAGGCUGGCAGAGCAGGGCCCGAUGCGUUGGCUAGCAGAACAGGCCAAAUCCGCAGCCAGGGUGAUGGUAGUAAGCCCGCAGCCCAACCACUGCCACACUGGCCCAGGGGAACACGCCGUACCAGCCGCAGCUCACGACCUGUUCUCUCUGGUGCUCAACAUGGUGGCAGGCCACGCUCCGAGCCCCAACGAGCUGGCCAAGUUCUGGUUGGUGCACCUGGGCAAGGCCCCGGAGAGGAGCGGCCUACCUGUGGAAUUGACGUCCUGUAGGGAAUUUAGUCUGAUGAGGGACUUGGAGAAACUCUGCAGACACUUGCAUCAGCAGGGCACCAAAAGACCAGGGUUGGCCUAUGGGGAGAAGGCGACAGGGAAGCUGAUGGAGGCUGUGCAGCAGUUAGAGGCAUGGAGGAGUUGAAGAUGGAGCAUGCCUCGUACCAGCGGCAGCACCCAGAGCUCUACGCCAUGAUGGGCGACUUGCAGUUCCUGUUACUAUGAAAACCAAGCGACGUCAUCAUGUUCAGACAGGAGGACUUCUUUGCCUCCCGCCGACCCCCGGGGGGCACCUUCAACACUUCCUCACCUUAAGGACACACACUGUGGCUGCGUCUGUGUCUCAAUAGUCUAGUAGCUUCCUUUCACAUACAUUUUAGAGAGGACAAUACUAUUCUGGUUAACACUUGUCACUAGUAUGUACAGAGACCCUCAAGAUCUAGAGUAUUGAUAAAAUAUGAAUGCUUUUGUGGAUGUUUUGUUUUUUAUUUUGUGAAACUGUUUUUACUGUCUUGUUUGUAUGAGGUGCACUGAAACAAACUCCAAUCAGCUCCGUUGAUAUGGCAAUCGGAAGAGUUACAGUUAUGUCAGUUGGUUUGAAUGAAAAUAGUAUAUUAUUUCAUGUCUUGUACAUUUCCCAUGCUUAAUUUCUGUCACUUUAUCCUCUAGUGGGAAUUCCAGUAACUGCUACUUUGCUUUGGCUCUGAUGUGAUCAACCCAUACAUUUUUUAAGAAUAAAUGUAUAAAAUAUA